GGGGAAGCAGAGGCAAAAACACACACACACACACACACUGAAGGAGAUUGGAAUCCAAUUCUUGAAGAACAGAAGUCUACUUAAAAAUGGAAUCUAGAGAGAGAAAGAUUCGAGGUUGAAAGCAGAAUUCAAGUAAGGAAGCAGCGCCGGUGAGGGAAUGGGUAUUUUCUUGGUUUUCUUCCCUGAAGAACACUUCAAUUCUUCAACACCAACAUCAUCGUUAUCGCCAUUUAAAUCUGCAACGAUUAAGGGGUUUCUUAAACGAACAAAUUCCAGCCAUAUCUUCACCAGAGCUCAAUCCACCAUCUCCAUUUGUGCUCUGCUCAUCUUCCUCACUUUCCUCCUCUUUACUCUCUCUUCUUUCGAACCCAACAACGAUUUCAUCUCCAACCAUCAUAAUCUUCAUCAAUAUCGCCGCUAUCUUUCUCAGAAUCGUCCCAAACCAAGAUCUCAUUCACCGGCGUUACAGGGGCUCGGCACACUCUAUACACGAGGCACGACGGCCAUGAAUGAGCUCGUAAUCUGCCAUGUAUCUGAGUCGGUGACCACGAAAGAACUUAAAUUGUUCAUGCGAGCCUUCCACAGGUCUGGUUUAGCGGCAAAAUCGGACCUUUUGUUCAUCUUUAACUCCAUUUCAACGAUAGAUUCCUUCGAUGAUUUAAUCCAGGAAGAGAAUGAUUUGUUCUUGAAACUCGUUCACCGGUACAAAACAGAAUUGGGAAAUGGAAGUAAAGUUGUCGACUUUCCGGCGAGUUUCGACGUGACCCGGUUCGUGAAACCCGGCAAAGAGGCGCAUAAAGGAGAGCCAAUCUGGGGUCGGAAAAUGAAGAGUAAUAAUUCGAGUUUCAGCAAUGAUGAUAAUGAGACUGAGUUCACUCGAACGAGUUACGGGUCGGUUGUUGGUUUUGGCAUUGGCGAACUCGACCCGGAAAACUCACUAUCCGGAUUUCUAGACCACGUCCCCAUGAGUCUGAGAAGGUGGGCUUCUUACCCAAUGGUCCUGGGUCGGGUUCGUCGGAAAUUCAAGCACAUAAUACUCGUCGACGUUAAGGAACUUUUACUAGUCGGAGACCCACUCGGCCGAGUCAAGAAUCACAGCCCGGAGUCCAUUUUCCUCUCAUCAAUACCACCGACACCGAAACACGGCCGGAAGAACACCAAACCCCACCGGAAAACCAUCAACCCGGCACUAAUACUAGGCGGAGAACGUGGCGUCCGGCGUUUAUCCGCCGCAAUGCUAACGGAGAUCGUCCGAACAACGACCCGUCAGCAGCACAACAAGAAGAAGAACUCCGUCGCUGAGUCGGCGCUCUUGAGUCAACUCGUGGCAAACGAGUUUCUACAGAAAAGCAUACGUUUCAUCACGGCAACCGAGUCAAUACAAGACCCGAGUUCACUCAGCGGUGUGUCAUUAGCAAAUCAGAUAGUGGUACGGCGUGGAAAUAGCAAUUUAGAUAUUGGUGCAGUCAUGAUGAAGCAUAUUUGUUCAUUUCCAUUAGACUCAUCGGUUUACACGGAUUGUUGACCGUCAAACGUACAACUCAUUUUAGCGUAUAUUUGUUUGAUUUUAGGAAUUUGCCCACGAUCUUGUACAAUACUGCUGCAGUUACUUGUACAUUCUACAAUUAAAGUUAUUACAUUUAAUUUCGAUUA